CUGUAGCACAUGCUUCUUCUUCCACUCUCUUCCCAUUUCCUCUUCUUCUGCAAAAAAAUCUCCAUAUACAUACACACACACACACAUUCACAAAUCACAUCUUCCUCAUCUCUUCUCUAUCUAUCUGCAAAUGCAAUUGCUUUGACUCGCUUUUGAUUUCUCUCUCAACACACAUCUCUUAAUUCACUGAUAUAAAUAGGGACCUAAAAUGGCAAGGGAAGAAGGACCAGAAUCGAACUACAAUUCGUCUACUGAAAGUCACCACCAGCAAUCUUCUCCUCGCAAAUCUCCUCCUUCGCAAGACCAUGAGGAGAAGACAACUUAUGUCAAGUUCCUUCUAUCAAAUGCUGAAGCCGGUUCAAUUAUUGGAAAAGGUGGCUCAACUAUCACUGAGUUACAGUCUCGUUCUGGGGCUAGAAUUCAGUUGUCGCGCAACUAUGAAGUUUUCCCAGGAACAUCCGAUAGAAUUGUAAUGGUAUCUGGGUUUCUUGAUGAUUUACUAAAGGCAGUUGAUCUUAUUCUUGGUAAAUUGCUGGAUGAGUUUUAUGCUGAAGACGGUGGCGAAGUGGAUCCACGCUCAAAGUUUAGACUCGUUGUGCCUAACAGCUCUUGUGGUGGAAUAAUCGGGAAAGGAGGAGCCACAAUAAAGUCAUUUAUUGAAGAUUCUCGGGCUGGCAUAAAGAUAUCUCCUCAGGAUAACAACUUCCCAGGACUUCAUGAUAGAUUAGUUACAGUCACCGGUACUCUAGGAGAGCAGAUGCGGGCUAUCGAAUUGAUUUUAUUCAAGUUAGCAGACGACUCUCAUUACAUGCAGUCCAUGAAUGCACCAUUCCAAUAUGCAGCUGUUUACGUCGGAAUGAACUAUGGACCACCAAAUGGAGUUGGAGGGCGAUAUCCAUAUAACCGACAUCAAAACAAGGUGGCACCGCAGGAAGACAAGAACGAUUCCGUGACUAUUGGUGUUGCGGAUGAGCGUAUUGGAUUAGUCCUUGGCCGGAAUGGGAGGAGCAUAAUGGAGAUCAGUCAGCUUAGUGGCGCCAGAAUAAAGAUAUCAGACAGGGGUGAUUUCUUUUCUGGUACUUCUGACAGGAAGGUAACUAUAACUGGAUCACAAAGAGCUAUCCGCAUGGCAGAGUCCAUGAUAUCUAAGAAAGUAGCUACUGUUUCUGAGAGGUGAUAGGAUGGACUUGUAUUUCUUACUAUUCUUCUUUGACGUUUUCUUGAUGAUACGUAGAAUUUCAUAUGCAUAUGGUGAUUUUGGAACUGUAUUGACAUUUCUAUAGCGAUGAAUUUGUGAAAUGAUGAUCCACGGCUGGAGAACGCAUUCCAUCCGAGGAGGGCAGCAUAAAUUUAGUAUAUUUAAGGAAUAUUUGGAAGCAAAGCUUGUGGGGAUCGCAAUUGAUUCAAUAUAAUAUCGUUCUAUACAGUCGUAAUUCUUCAAUAGCUAGCUCUCAGUUGACAAUUUUGAGUUGACAAUUUUGAAGCUUUCUUAUGGUCUGUUUUAUAUAAAAACAUUUAUUCCUUCCUAUGUCUCGUAGAGGAAUAGUCAUAGUUAUCAAUAGGAGCACCUGUCAAACUGUCACAGCAUGAGCUUCCGUGAUAGCAACUAUGUAACUGAGACGCGAGAACUGUUGAAACUUCCGGCGCAUUGGAGUAAUUUCGUAUUUUAUGUCUUUGAAUACUUCAAUAUGGUUUAGGUAUUGUGUAAUUUCUCAGGUUGCAGUCGGACAUUUUUAUUUUAUGCUAUAACUAAUUAGUGGAUGAUUUUGCUGAUGA